UUUGAACAAGGUUCCCGUCCUGCAAGUUUAUUUGCUUCAGCUGACUUAUCUUAUCUGUCAGUUUAUUGACGGCUGUGGAAUGAAUGUCUUGAUGUAGGAUAACAGCAGUCAGGUCAGAGUCUCUGGAUCUCUCACACACAUUGGAUGAAUCUGACAAUGGCAGGUGUUUGGAAAAUUAUUCUUCUCAACAUUUUCAUCCUCUCUGCUAAAAGUAGCAUGAUGAAAGGUUAUUUCUGGCACAUCUCAGACCUCCACUGGGAUCCUUCUUAUGAUGUAGGGGGUAACGCUGCAUCAAAAUGUGCCUCCAGUGGAAACCGUCCGACCCCAAACGCAGGCAGAUUUGGAGAUUAUUCCUGUGACUCCCCAUGGACUCUGAUAAACUCGACAUUGAGUGCCAUGAGAAGGAUCCUGCCUGACCCGGACUUCAUCAUCUGGACCGGAGAUGAUACUCCUCAUGUGCCCGACGAGCAGCUGGGAGUCGAACCUGUCCUACGUAUAAUCAGCAAUCUCACCUACAUCAUAAAAACCACUUUUCCUAAUACCAAGGUGUAUUCUGCAAUGGGAAAUCAUGACUACCAUCCAAAGAACCAAAUGCCUCCAGAAAAAAACAACAUUUAUGAACAAACCGCGAAUAUGUGGCAUGACUGGCUACAUGCGGCGUCAAAAGAAACCUUUAAAAUAGGUGGAUAUUACACAGAGAAGUUGCUUAAUCAAACUGGCUUCAGAGUCGUGGUCCUUAAUACGAACCUCUAUUACGAUCAGAACAAACUCACAGAGAAAGUCAAAGACCCUGCAGAUCAGUUCAGUUGGGCUGAUAAAGUGCUUCAGGAUGCAGCUAAAAAUAAUGAGAAGGUUUACAUUAUUGGCCACGUCCCUCCAGGGUUUUUUGAGAAGAAGCGAGAUAAAGCCUGGUUCAGAAAAGAGUUUAAUAAGCGCUAUAUGGAUCUCAUACAGAAGCACAGCGCUGUUAUACAGGGCCAGUUCUUCGGUCAUCAUCACACUGACAGUUUCCGCAUGUUCUACAGCUCUAAAGGAUCUCCCAUAAGUGCAAUGUUCCUGACCCCAGGAGUGACGCCUUGGAUAACAACAUUACCUGGUGUCAUAGAUGGUGGAAAUAAUCCUGGAAUUCGCAUGUUUCAGUAUGACACCAAAACACUUUUGAUCAAGGAUAUAAUCACCUACUAUAUGAACCUGACAUACUCAAAUAAGGUACAUGAGCGCUGGGAGAAAGAGUACCGGCUGACGGAGGCGUUUCGUGUGCCGGACGCCUCUCCCGCCUCCAUGCACCGCGUGAUGGAGCGGAUAUCCAGCGACAAGUGUUAUCUGCAGAAGUACUAUGAGUUCAACUCUGUGAAUUAUGACCUGACGGAGUGCCGAGCUGACUGCCGCGUCGACCACGUGUGCGCGAUGAGGGAAGUGGACUUUGAGGCCUAUGAGAAGUGCGUGGUGAAGGAGGGAGGCUCGUGCACGGCUCCAGUGCUGUUUACUCUGCUGCUGGCGCUGAUGCUGAGCCUGCUGUGCACGAGCUGAUCACAGAACAGCAGCGUUUCGGCAACAUUGUCACGUGAUCCCUUCAGUGCAUGAGUGUGAAUGACAUCUUCUCAGUAUUUAAAGUAUUUAAAAUUUUAACGCGCUGUUCAUAAACUUGAUCUGUCAUGAUUUCUUUAUAUUUACUGAACUGUCUACUGUAGUUCAGCCCAAAAUGAAAAUGUUUUUGGGGGGUCCCAAACAUUAAAAACAACUACAACAACAAAACAUAAUUUGUGUUCCACAAAAAUUUGGAGUGAUGUGUAGGUAAAUAAAGAUUGCAGUUGUCUUGUCUUCUUUACUGAGA